AUGAAUACCAACCUCAGGUUGGGGUGUGAACCCGAGUUCAACCACAACGUGCCAUGGAACCACCGCCAUUACUCGGACUCCAGCUGCGCGGGGGGAAAGUACUACUUCUCCAGGAACAUCCCCCACCCUCGGAUGGUCUGCCACAUCCCAGGCUUAAAUAAUGUUCCAGUCUGUAUUGUAAGAAACAGCUUUUUACAAGAACAAGCACAUGCUGACGUAACAGCCAUCCCCAAGCAAGAAGCCAAUCAAGAGCGUGUGCUAAGUGGGAACGCUGCGGGGAGCUCGCUUGCCAGCAGCUACCUUCCAAGGCUCGAGGCUCUCAUGCAAAGGGCGCCAGGCUCUUCACAGUUUGUGACACAAAACAGAGAAGGACUUGCAGAUGUUCCUAAAAGGACUCAAAGCAACCCUACUUCACCUGAAAAGCUUUUGAAAAAGCGAUGCCAAACCUCUGCACAACCUGCAGCUGUGCAGGGAGCCCACAAGUCUCUCACCCAGCCUUCCUCUCCGUUUGCCAACUUGACUCACAGUCCUCACGUUCAGGAGAACGUGAAUUUCAUCCCAAGCUACCUGGAUCGGGAAAUAAAGGUGCUGGAAAAACUGAGCAAAGUUUUACAGACAGAUUCGCUUACAGAGAUCCAGAAAUGGCUCUUGAGGGCAAGCCUAAAAGAGAAAGACUUAAUGUCCAACCUGAUUUACUCAGAACUGGCUGACAAAGACGUGCUGAAUAAUCAGCCCCACGCCAUGAAGGAAGGCGCAGCAGAGAACACGAAUAUCCACUGUCUGCUAAAGCCUCACCCCCCUCCUUGGAGAGGUCCAGAAAGGGAAAUGAAUAACAGGCCUUCAACUAAAGAAUCAGAAGCAAGUCAAAACAUGAAGCAUGGUAAGUAA